GUGUGUGCAACUGUUAUUGUUGUUGUAGUUGUUGUUACAGCCGAAGCCGGCGGCUGCUGCUGUUUGUUAUUGUUGUUGUUGUUCGUAUGAAGACGCGAGCGCACUGUUGAAUCAUUAAGCCCAGAAGACGACGUUCUUGGCGAGGUGUCGUUCGCUCGGCCAGAGAGAAACGAGAUGAACGCGACGAGCUUGUACGUGUCGACCUGUCGGCUGAUCCUGCAGGCCGAGGCCGAGGACCCGAACUCCUGGACGGAUCUGUACAGGCUCGUGCCCUACCUGCGCCAGAGUCUCAGCUGCACCGUGUGCUCGAGCCUCCUGAUCGAGCCGCACACACCCACCGAGACCAACUGCCAGCACCAUGUGUGCCGAGCCUGCCGGGGUGGCCGCAAAAAGCUCAAACCCUCCUGCGGCUGGUGCAAGGACUACGACAAGUACAUUGAGAACAUACAACUCCGGAUACUCCUGCAGUGCUACAAGAAACUCUGCGAGUACCUCACCAACACGGCCAUCUACGGCUGUCUGUUGCGAGCGGUGGCCUGCAACAAUGCGAGCAACGGUAUGCCCCGUUCCGGGGCCAGUGCCCUCACCGAGCUAAUCAACGAGGGAGCCGGCUUCAAGGAUGAGUUCAAGAGUAACGCCGGUCUCUCCAAGUCGGCCUACAGCAUACUGCCUUGCGUCUAUGCCACCACGACCACCUCUACACAGACCGGGACCAGCACCACCAGCAGCAGUAAUCUGGUCCUGCCUCAGACUGAUCCUCUGGCAACCUCUGAGGCGCCUGCCGCUGCCAUCAAGACUGUCUCUAAUGGCUCGUCCAUUUACUCGGUCAUGUAUGCCGGUACCGGCAAUAAGAUCACCAUUAAGAGGAAGGCUGCUGCCACCGACGAGAGCGAGGCUGUGCUCCAACCGGAUUUGGACAUUCAGCAGCAACAGCAGCAGCAUCAACAAAUGUCACAGUUGACCCAGGCACAGCCUGUCGGCGUCGUCAAGUGUAUUCCUGCUUCCCAGUUGACUUACAUGCCCUGUGAGCCCAUCAAAAAAUCAUCAAAGAGCAACAAGAAGCCAAGGUCCAGUUCAAGUCGGAGUAAAAGAAAAGGUUGUAGAUGUGGCAAUGCCACCGCUGUACCGGGAAAGUUGACAUGUUGCGGUCAAAGAUGCCCUUGCUACGUCGAGAGCAAACCUUGCCUUGAGUGCAGGUGUCGAGGAUGUCGAAAUCCACAUACACGCGAUGGUUUUAAGAUUCGCCCUCAUAUUCCUGAACUACAUAAUUUGCAACUGCAACUGUCCAGUCCCCUGGACUGUGAUGCCGAUCCGUUAGGAUCAGUGCAACAGUGUCUGUCGGUCUCUCCUCCGACAAUCCAAGUGCUUAAUGUUUACUCAACGCCCAGGCUUGAGAUAGACAACGUGUCGCCAAAUGUGCCGGCAGCUCUUCUCGUUGGCGAAGAUGUGUUGGCAAGUACCGAAAGCGAGGCUGACGACAGUGACAUUCAAAUAGACGUAUGACAACAAAUGUGAGUGUUCCUUUGAGAACACUAUGUGUUGAGUGACUUGACAUUCAAAAAUGAGUACAAACACUUGCAGAUAAUUGUUAUUGCGAGUUUUAAGUAUCAAACUAAGUGAAUCAAAUUAAACAAAAAGAACGAAGUUGACAAACUACAGUAUUCCAAAUGCUUUUUCCACAGUAGUGCAUGAAAAGGAACUACCACGACUUUCUUUUACGUAAUUAGAGUUUAUGAGAAUUCAGUUUUUUAAUCCGUGAUUAAUGUCAAUCUUGCUUUUCAUAAGCACCUUUCUAUCAAUUUUCGAAUUUUCCAAUUGCCUGUUAAAAGUGUCAAAAUAUUGUGGUCAGUAUGGUCACUUUCUUCAAAAUCGUUUGUAUGGCAAUACAAACUGUUAAAAGGUUGGAGGAAUCGGACAGAGCUGUAUAUAUAUAUUGAUUGUUUGGUCCCUUUUGCAUGCUGUACAUGAGCUUGUUUUCAAGCGUAUAAUUGAUGUAUUGAUCAUGAAGAUCUGUAAUUUUUUUUUUAUUGUUAAAAAAUAGUGUGAAGUGUUGAGAAAAUAAUUAGAAAGUUUUUUACUUUACUUAUACUGAUGCGACAUAACAAAGUCUUCGUUUCGCCGUACACUUCAUAGCUGUUGUAAAUAUGGUUAUAUUUAACAAUUCUAAUUUUAUCGAAAAUGUAUGCAAUGCUACCUUAUCAAAGACUUUUUAGAAGAUAUUUAAAUAUUAAGGUCGUUAAAAAACUUUGUCAAGGACAAAAAUGUAAAACAAAAAAAGAAACGGUUUAACGUCACAAAUCGAUUUGACCUGAGAAGGUAUUUUAAAAAAAGGUGAUUUCUUUUGGAGGAACUAGUACAAAAUUAUUUUGAUGCGUAGAGAUUUGAUAGAGAGGAAAGAAAGGAAGGGGUCGAAUCUUUGUUGACAUAAUUUACUGUUUCAAUGAAAUCUGUAUUUAUAAACAUAUUUGAAUAAUGGAGAUCAAGCAGAAUAAAACUAUUUUACAUACAAAUCUUUUUUUUACCAAUUCCAUGAAAAAAAAAAAAAAAGAAAAAGAAAUGAUAAUAAA